AUUGGUAAGUAGUUAUCAGCAUAUCAAACACUUAGCUUACAUUAGAUCAUUUCAUUUCAGAGACAGCAAAAAUGCUUCGUUCUGCCUUUAAAAGUAUAUCGAGGACUGCAAACCAAAAUGGCUUCAGUUUACUACGAACAUCCUCUUUGGGGAUCACGCAGAAAGCUAACAACUCAACAGAUGCAAGAGAUGAUCCUAAUUUUUUCGAAAUGGUCGAAAUGUUCUUUGACAAGGCCGCAUCCUUAAUGGAGGACAAGUUGGUCGAAGACUUAAGGGAGAGAAUUUCGGAGGACGAAAAGAGAAAGAGAGUGCGAGGAAUCCUAAAAAUGAUUAAGCCCUGCAAUCACGUUGUAUCAAUUACGUUUCCCAUUAAGAGAGAUAAUGGAGAAUUCGAAAUUAUCCAAGGUUGGAGAGCGCAACACAGCCAACAUAGGACACCUUGCAAAGGAGGUAUCCGAUAUAGCGACGAUGUAAAUAUAGAUGAAGUGAAGGCUUUAGCCUCACUUAUGACAUACAAAUGUGCAUGCGUCGACGUACCUUUUGGAGGAGCUAAGGCUGGUUUGAAAAUUAAUCCUCGUAAUUUCAGUAUUUCUGAAUUAGAAAAAAUUACUAGAAGAUUUACCGUUGAACUGGCAAAAAAAGGCUUUAUCGGACCUGGUAUUGAUGUUCCCGCUCCAGAUAUGGGAACUGGCGAACGUGAGAUGAGCUGGAUUGCGGACACAUACAGCCAAACAUUAGGUCAUUACGACUUAAAUUCCUAUGGUUGUGUUACGGGUAAACCUAUUUCUCAUGGAGGUUGGAACGAUAUCAGCGCAGCUGCCUGUGUAACAGGAAAACCCAUUUCCCAGGGUGGAAUUCAUGGCAGGAUUUCAGCUACUGGAAGGGGUAUCUUCCAUGGAAUUGAGAACUUCAUUCAAGAAGCUUCCUAUAUGUCAAUGAUUGGUAUCCCACCUGGAUUUAAAGACAAGACCUUCAUCAUUCAAGGUUUUGGUAAUGUCGGUUUGCACACAAUGCGUUAUUUGCAUCGUUCUGGCGCUCGUUGUGUUGGAAUAAUCGAAAGAGAUGGUUCGAUUAUUAACCCAACAGGUAUUGACCCGAGAGAACUAGAAGAUUACGUUAUCGAAAAUAGAACUAUCCAGGGCUUCCCUGGAGCUCAGCCAUACGAAGGGGAGAACCUUAUGUUUGAAAAAUGCGACAUAUUUGUUCCUGCCGCCGUCGAAAAGGUUAUAAACGAAGAUAAUGCGCACAGGAUUCAAGCUAAGAUCAUUGCAGAGGGUGCUAAUGGACCUACCACCAUUGGAGCCGACAAAAUUUUGAGAGAUCGGGAUAUUUUAGUUAUUCCUGAUAUGUACGUUAACGCUGGUGGUGUUACAGUCUCCUAUUUUGAAUGGUUGAAGAACCUAAACCAUGUCAGCUUUGGUCGUCUGACAUUCAAAUAUGAAAGAGACAGUAACUACCAUUUGUUGGCUUCUGUUCAACAGAGCUUGGAGAGAAAAUUCGGAAGAAGCGGUGAAAGAAUUCCAAUCACCCCAAGCGAGGAAUUCGAGAAAGCCAUUUCUGGCGCAAGUGAAAAAGAUAUCGUCCACUCUGGACUUGCUUACACUAUGGAGAGGUCUGCAAGAGCCAUUAUGAAAACAGCAAUGCGCUAUAAUCUUGGAUUGGAUUUGCGUACUGCUGCUUAUAUUUCUUCUAUUGAGAAGAUCUUCAAAGUUUAUAAUGAAGCUGGACUUACAUUUACCUAA